UGGGCAAAUGGGCGCCGAAACGCAAACACCUCCGAGCGGGGCGCCAUGGCACCGGUGCUGGAGUUGCGGAGGGCCGACAGCUCGGCGGCGGGGUCGCCCUUCAGUGGCCGGCGGCACCGGCGGCGCUCCACCAGCUUCGCGCUGCUGCCGCAGGACGAGCGGGGCAUUACGUUACAGGAGCUGAUCCACUUGCGUGAUCACGAGGAGAUGCGUGAGGUGCGGUGGCACUGCGAGAACGAGGAGGCUAUGGGCUGUGCCUCGCAGCCGCGUGGCUUCCAGGGUCCCUGCAGCUGCCAAAACUCGUUGGCGCAGGGCCGCUGGAGGACUCCGAACCUCUACGAGGUGGUGAACGACAUCGUGCUGAAGCGCUAUUGCAACGAGAGCGCCGCCUUGUCUUACGUGGAGUAUUUGAAGGACUGCCAGCGCCGGGACGGCGGAGUCAGGAAGGUGCGCACCUUUGUGUCCCACUGGUGGGGCGAGGAGUUCUGCAACCUCGUGGCCAGCCUGACGCGCUUCGCGGAAGCGGAGUGCAUGCAGCGGCAGUCGCUGAGGCUCUGGGUGCUCUUGCACUCCACGCUGGCCCUGCUGCUAAAUGCGCACCUGUCCCUGCGCUUGAUGCGGCAGCACGAGAAGCUGGAUGAUCUGUACGCCAGGAGCAUCAGCGACACUCUGCUGGUGAUCGUUUCCAACAGCCUUGUCUCGGCUCUGGUGAUGGCGCUGGCGCUGCUGGAGGCGAGAUUCAAUCGCCGGCAGGCGCUGCGCUGGUCCUUUUGGAUUUGCGCCUUUGCCAACAAUCAGCACGAGCUCAGCCACGCCCUCGGCGGCACAGUGGACGCUUCUUCCUUUGCCCUCGCAUUGCAAAGCGAAUGUUUGCAGAGCAUGGUUUGCGUCAUUGACUCGCAAUGCGUGAUUUACCGCCGUUUGUGGUGCGCCUUCGAGUUGUUCUAUGUCACUCAUGUGCUUCCAAAGGGAGGCCGUCAUUUCAGCGCGAAGAAGAUCCCGUUGGAAUUGGCAAAUGCCGAUGGAGUCAUCAGUCAGGGCGGGCUCAAUGACAGCCUGCUGCAACAGAUCCACGCUGCGAUCCUCAAAGUCAAGACCAAAAAUGCCAAGGCCAGCAAAGAGGAGGACGAGAAGAAGAUUCACGACUUCAUCGAAGAGAAGACGACCCAUGGAAGGCUCGACGCCACGCUGCGAGAGAUCACGCACAUCGGGCUCGACAGCGCCAGCCUGCGGCGCAGGUCCCCCCUGAUUUUGUUCUUCUUCUGCCCGGUGGCGUCCUUCGCGCUGUCGGGCACGGUGUUUUGGCUCGUGCUCGCUUGCAACGAGCAGGACGCCGGCGUCGUAUCCCUUCUUCGCUUCACCGUCUUGUUUUUGUUCUUUCUUGUUGUUUUUUUUUUUUUGUUUGUGAUUAUUUUUCUUCGCUUCACCGUCUUGACGUACUUCUUCCUGAGCGUGGGCGCCGUCAGCGUCAUCUUGCUCUUGUGCUUCGGAAGCUUCGAAGUGGGGUGGCACCACGAGGCGCAUGAGGCGCCCAGACCGCCCAACAGCGACACCUCCAGUGACGAGUCCGAGGCGAGUCGUUCGCCUGCGCCGGCGCGAUCCGUCCUGGCGAGCCUGAAGGAGCUACGUGUGAAGAUUGCUUUCCCCUCCGCCUACACCAGGCUGCAGCGGCGCGCCUUUACAAAGGCCAUUUGCGGCGUCUUCUUCUUGGCGGGGCCUGGGCUGCUGCUGACCCCGCCGCUGCUGCUUCUGGAGCACGGCUUCGGCUCGAAGAGCGCCAAAGAAUGGCUCCAACUGCUGCAGAAUCUGCGGUGCCUGUGGAACCUGGUACAGGUCACUUACGCCUGCGUGGGUUUGCUCCUGGGCUCCUUGUCCUUCUUGGUGCGAAACCGCGUUGCCGCGCUUCGUCUUCUGGAGGGCGCGCUGCUCUGACGGAGGCAAAAGCUGGAG